UUUCGCUUUCCCAAGCAAUGGGGGUGGAGCUUUAACCUACCUAAAGUUGUGUUACAGAUUCCUCCCGCCACAAACCACUGGCGCUGUGUUCCGUAAUGUCGCAUUUUCAGUGUGAAACUGAAAGAAUCUUAUGGCACAAGCACAUGUAAAAGUCUGGAGUAGGCAUGUGGAUUCCAACGAUUUUGUGAUCUAAUUUGUUAACACUUGACCAAUUGUAUAAAGAGUGGGGAGUUGAUUUCGGUUAACUUCUUCUUGGUUUCUUUAAUAUUACUAUUUUGAGGAUUGUCUUGAGGCAACUGAAGCAAUAAUGGCCGAACAAGGAGCUUACUCAGUGAAUUCUGAACUGGAUAAUAUAAAUAAUCAAAUUGAACAACUUUACCGAGACAAUCAAAGGACCAUGAGUUCUAAACUCCAGAAUGAGCUACGAGGAUUUUAUCAAAUGAAAGAAGUGGUUAUCCAAAAUCACUAUCAGCAUGUUCUUGAUACGAAGGAAAAAAGCCUGGAUCUUAUGUUGAAGGAAGUGGAAAAACUUGUACUGAAAUUCCAUUCUUUCAGUGCAAAUGAAACCGCGAAUCUGCUUUCGAUCUUUAGCGAACAUCAUAGACUUAUAAAUGUGAAAUUAAUUGAAGCCAUUGCUGAAGAAGAGAAAUCCAGAUUAGUAAUAGAAAACAUGAGACAAGAAAUUAAGAUGCUAAAACACCAACUGCUUGAAAAGUCAGCAGAACUCCAGAGAAAAGAUAAGAGGUUGAUUGAACUGGAGAUAGCUGUUGAAAAUGCAAACCAACCACCACAGUUAUCUAACACUGAUCAGGCUUUGGAAACUCAAGCAGAAAGAAAACUGAAGCAUAUUUCAGAUAUUGAAAUGGAUAGCUUUAGCGAUCGAGAAGAAACACCGGCAACAGUUGAUAGUGAUAGCAGCAGCGUUGAUAGCAGCUAUCAUUCUUCUGAAUCACGCAUUCGUCACUCUCGCAAGACACACAAAAGAAACGAUACGCCAUGAAAUUUUGGAACGUGGUAAUAGAAGAAUGGAGUUUGAGGCCUCUUGUAAACCAAAGAGCAUUUUAAAUAACGCAACUCUCUAAAGAGAAACAAAAUUCUAUUUCAGCUUUUUAGUCCCUACUUGGAAUGGUAAAUUGUCUUGUCGUUUAUUAAUUUAUUGAAUCCCUUUUGGUAAUUAUUUAUUUGUUAUGUAAUAACACGUUACGAAAUUUGAUAUGGACCAAACGAUAAGAAACGCGUAAAUACAUGUAUACACUUACA